GCCGCUCGCAUUUCCUCCCUGCACCUUUAAGAAGCACAUUGCCCGCCGCUGGGAUGGGGUGUGCUAAAGCUGCACAGAGGAAGUUACGCAGCCCGGAUCAGGCACGGGGAUAAAAGCUCCGCUGGGGAUUCAAACGGGACCGCAGCCUCGGCGCUAACUUGAGAAGGGAGCCGGGCAUCGAGCAGGGCUCCGGCUGCCCUCCGGGGGGGCCCCCCCGGCCCCGAAGUUGGCGGCUCCGCCGGGAGCCCCCCCCCGCCGCAGAGCUCCCCCCCGGUGCAGCCUGCUAAUGAACUCUCCCUUUGCCCUGAUCAUGCAAGAGAAACGAGACCUCAGGUAGCAGCAUGACUUGGAGCUGAAGGCUUGGGAACUCGAUGCUCCGUUGCCAAAAGGCACAGUCAGACAAACCUCCGUACGCGUACACCAGCUCCUCACCACAGCUGCAAGGAGCAGAGGGAGAAGCAGCGAGGCCAGCACUGCUCCCACCGCUGCGCUGAGCGCCCAGCAGCCUGCUCAGACCCCUGCAGAUGCCGCCCCCCGACACAGGAACACCGAUGCCAUCACCGUCUGGGAGAAGGGGAGGUUAGCCCCACAGAGCCUCUCCUGUCAGCGCCGUGCUGACGACCAGAUGCUGUAGCUAUCUCACUAAUGUUCAAAAGCCCCAAUAAUUAUUUCAAGCAGACCCCAGGUUAAGGCACUUUACCCAGUGGCGCAUCUGCAGCAGACAAGAAGGUUGAGGAAAACCUGAUCCAGCACCAUCUCCCAGCCUCUCCAAUUUACUGCUAUCAAAUUUCAUCAGCAACUCAGAACUUGAUCUUUCUAUUGAUUGACUGGAGUCACCUCUAGAUAUUUUCAUGCUGAUUUGGAAGCCCUUUCGUACAAUAAAAGCAGAAAAAAUGAGGUUAAGGAAGACUUUUGACCACUGAACAGCAAUUCCAGCCAAAACUUUCCGAAUCAAGUAAUUUGCAAAGUUGGCUUCUGCGCCGAGAGAAACUCUCUGUGCCUGAGCACGGCAUACAAAGUGGGAUCGUUCCUGUCCUCGCCUUGAUCUCCUUGGACUGGAUCAUCUUUAGAUGAGGAGUUUCCAUGCUGAUCCUGAGAGCACCCCCUAGCCCAGUAGCUGCCUUCCUCAGGACUCUUGGCACUGCCCCUGCCCCGGGAUCCCGCACUCGGCCGCAGCUGCCAUGCUGUACCUGCUCGCCCUCCUUCUGCACCGUCUCCCCUUGGCCAUGGGACAGUAUGACAUUUGCAAGUCCUGGGUGACCACAGACGAUGGCCCGUCAUGGGAGUUUUACGCUUGUCAGCCCAAGGCCAUGCGGAUGAAGGAUUAUGUGACAGUGAGAGUGGAUCCGGCAGGAAUCACCUGCGGGGACCCUCCGGAGCGGUUCUGCACCCAUGAGAACCCGUACCUGUGCAGCGACGAGUGCGAUGCCUCCAACCCCGACCUGGCCCACCCGCCCAAGCUCAUGUUCGACAGCGAGGACGAAGGGCUGGCCACGUACUGGCAGAGUGUGACGUGGCGCCGGUACCCGGAGCCACUGCUGGCCAACAUCACGCUGUCCUGGAACAAGAGCAUCGAGCUGACGGACGACAUCGUGAUAACCUUCGAGUACGGCCGGCCCACCAUCAUGAUGCUGGAGAAGUCGCUGGACAACGGGAGGACUUGGCACCCGUACCAGUAUUACGCAGAUGACUGCAUGGAGGCCUUCAGCAUGCCAGCGCGGAGGGUCCGGGACCUCUCCACCACCAGUGCCAACAGGGUCCUCUGCACGGAGGAGUAUUCCCGCUGGGUGGGAUCCAAAAAGGAGAAGACUGUCCGGUUCGAGGUGAGGGACCGCUUUGCCAUCUUUGCUGGCCCCGACCUCAAGAACAUGGACAACUUGUACACCCGGCUGGAGAGCGCCAAAGGGCUCAAGGACUUCUUCACCGUGACUGACCUGAGGAUGAGGCUGCUGAGGCCAGCCCUGGGGGGCACCUACGUGCAGAGGGAGAACCUGUACAAGUACUUCUACGCUGUCUCCAACAUUGAAGUCACUGGCAGGUGUAAAUGCAACCUCCACGCUAACCUGUGCACCUUCAAAGAGGGCAGCCUUCAGUGCGAGUGUGAGCACAACACCACGGGGCAGGACUGCGGCAAGUGCAAGAAGAACUUUCGCUCCAGGUCUUGGCGAGCAGGAUCCUACCUGCCUCUCCCCAACGGGUCCCCCAACGCAUGUGCAGCUGCAGGCUCAGCCUUUGGCACGUUUGAGCGACCGCAGCGGGUUACCACUGCAAAAACGACCACUGCAAAACCCACCACCACCACCACCACCUCAACACCCACCAGCACCACCACCAGCACCACCACCACCAGCACCACCACCACCACCAGCACCCCCCUACCCGCCACCACCACCACCCAGCCAGCAAGCAUCAUCAGACCAGCCUCUGAGCUCGCUGCCUCUGUGCCCGUGAAAGAGAGACAGAAAAAAACAGCUGUUCAGCGCCCAACAAAUGCAGCAGCCCUUGGACCCAAGCUGAAGCCACCAGAGCCUCCCAAGAGCAUUCAAGUGGCCCCGAAGAGCAAAGCAGGGCGCACAGCACACUCUGCAGGCAAGAAGCACAAGAAGAAGCCAGCAUCCUCAAACAUCUCCAAACUCAUCCGGCUCAAACCAGACUCUGGCCCAGUGGCUCCUAUUGAAAAAUAUAAAGACUGCGAGUGCUACGGCCACUCCAACCGCUGCAGCUACAUCGACUUCCUCAACGUGGUGACCUGCGUGAGCUGCAAGCACAACACGCGGGGCCAGCACUGCCAGCACUGCCGCCUGGGCUUCUACCGCAACAGCUCGGCGGAGCUGGACGACGAGAAUGUAUGCAUAGAAUGUAACUGCAACCAGAUCGGCUCCCUGCACGACCGCUGCAACGAGACCGGCUACUGUGAAUGCAAAGAAGGCGCCACGGGGCCCAAGUGCGAUGACUGCCUGCCCAACUACUACUGGAGGCAGGGCUGCUUCCCCAACGUCUGCGACGAGGAGCUCCUGCUCUGCCAGAACGGCGGCACCUGCUACCAGAACCAGCGCUGCAUCUGCCCCGUGGGCUUCAAGGGGGUCCUGUGCCAGCAAUCGCGGUGCGAGGCCGACAAAAAGGACUGCGACGGUGCCCACAGCACGCGCGCCGGCCUCGGCACCGUCCUCCUCGGCGUGCUCGCCCUCCAGCUGCGCGGCUUCGUGGACCUCUGAGGGCUGGGAGGAGGGAGCCCAGCCGAGGCACAUCACCCGAGGGACCCGGGGAGCCCGAGGUAACGGGUGGCUCUCCCCACCGGCUCCUCCGCCUUCCUUCACGCUAGGACUUGCACAACGUCUUUCGGUCCACUUUCCAAGCAGAGAGGUACGCAGAAAACCAGGGGCCGACUCCUGCCCGCGAAACCAUCCCUGCUGUAGCCGGGGUGGCCGCAGCACCGCGCCGGCUGCCGAGCAGCAGCGAGGGGACUGCACCAGUGCACACCAGUGCACACCAGUGCCGUGGCCCCGCAGGGACCCGUGGCCCAUCCUUCCUCCCGCGCAGCGAUGCUCCUUCCCUGCUCUGCACAGGGCAACCAGGGACCACCAGGGCCCUGGUGAAACAGUGCCGCGAUCCAAGGGAUAUUUUUUUUACGAUUAAUUUAUUUACUUUGGUAUAGGCUGGGAUGUUCUUUUUGUUCCUUUUUUUUUUUUAAACCCCUCUCUUAGUGUCCCAUUUUGACAGAGCCUGUCAUGGUACCUCCAGAGCCCCACCACACUACAGGGAGGGAGGGCAGAGGGGGCUCUGGUCCAUCCUCGCUGCAUAGUCUCACAUCCCACUGGCGGCCGGGCCAUCCACGUGCUGUUGCCUACAGCUCCAGUUGCUGCAUUGAUUUUGUAUUUCAUUGACGGGUUUUGUUUUCUUGCACUUAAGGAGAACAUAGGGGGCCAUUAGGCAUAUGGUAUGUGAGGAAUGCAGUGUCUUAUCCACCCAUUUCCGUAUAGUGUACGGUUUAAAUACUUUUUUUUUUUUGGUAGAGACUUAUUUUUCUUUGGAUUAAAUGUUAUAAAAAAAAAAACACAACUUAAAGGGACGUUUUGCCAUGAUGGUGUACUCUCCUACAGUAAAGCAACUAUCAACUGCUGCUUGAUCACCCCGUUUUCCUUUCUGUGUGCACAGUUAAUUACAGGUAAAGACUUUUAUUUUUGGA